AUGAGGCGCUUCCUUCAUAGCAACCUCCCUAAACAACACGAUCUGCCGUCCUCCACUCCCCAAAAUGAUCGUGGGCUAACCUGGUUCGUGAAAACAAGGCAGAGCACCCCUCAAUUUCCUUCCCUUCCUUUUCUUUUCUUUGAAAGGGCAACAACUUUGCUGCAGACGGGGCUGCUCCCCUGCUGGACCUCUUUCCCCUCUCCUGCCCACUUUGGUGAAGGGGGCGCCCGCAGCAGAGCCCCCGCCCUGGCGCCCUACCUGUAAGGGAUCCAGUCCGCCUGGUGCUUCGAAGUCAUCGCUCGCCGAAGGAGCUAGUAGCCGAGGCAGGGACAGCAGUCCCCAGGGCCGGGACGGGAGGCGAGCGGGCGGGCGCGGAUCCCCUGGUCACAGCCUCCCACCGGCCAGGGCAGCAUCCUUUACCCGGCCUAAGGAGCGGCGGCGGCGGCGGCGGCGAGGUCAAGUACAUGGGGAGGAAUUAUCCAAGCGGGGCUCCGAAGAGCGGAGGCAGCAUUUUCCGCGCGAGGGUCGCGCGCAGCGGCAGCGGCUGAGGGAGCGGGAGGCGCCCCUAGCCACAGUCCCUUUCAGCAGCGGCUGGUCGGCGAGUCGCUCACGAGACCCACGCGAGAAGGAGGCGAGGAGGAGCAGGGGGCGGGAGAAGCCGCGGCGACUCUGGCGACCCCCGAGCCCGCGUCCCGGCCGUUGUUGCCUUCCUUCAGCCAAUCAGGGUCAGCCCGCGCGUUUGUACACAGAGCCGAAAAGAGACGCCCGCCUUGCCCCAGCAGCGCCCAGGCGCGGCCACUGCGCUACACUGCACUGCAUUGCAUGUUCCCUGGACGCGGCGGCGGCGGCGGCAGCGGCAGCCGGGCCGGCCGCCUCCAAAACGCCUCCCUCCUUCCCUCCCUCCUUCGCCCUCGCGCCGGCCAAUCGUCAGCGCCCUCCCUCCGGCCUGCCGGAGUUCCCCGCCUCGGCCGUCGCCGUGGCCCUGAAGGGGUCCUGCGCGCCGCGCGCGCCCUCUCGCCAGGAGGCUUCCGAGGCCAGUGUAGGCGCGCGCAUCUUAGAAGGGGGGGGGUGGGAUGGAAAGAGCGGGCCGGAGAAGAGGAGGAGGGGGCCGGCGGGGGGGGGGGGCUUGGAAACGGCGCGCGCGAGGCGGAGGCUAAGGGAUAAAGAAUGUGUGGCGUUUUCGAGAUUCGCAAUGCUCUCCUGA